UUUUUUCCUUUUCUCACAUCCAAAACCAAUCAAAACACGCCACUCCAUUCCUUCCUAUCUGGCCAAAACGGUUCCAGAAAAAUACCAUCACACAUCAAUUGAAAAAAACCGCAUAAAAUAGCUUCAAAUCUUCGAUCCCUUGUCUACUUUUAUUUCCAUUUCCCCUGUUUAUUCGCAUUCAUUUGAUUCCAUUCCAAAGCUCAGCUCUCGAUUCUCCGAUCGGCUCCACCGUCAAACCGUCCAUCGCCAUGGCUAUGGACGACAAUGGCGAGCCUCUGCUCAGCUCUCGAGCCAUCACUUCCAAGUACAAUCGCAGCGUCUCCCACGCCUACGACGAGCUUCACAGCUUCCGAACCUACCUCCGGUGGAUGUGCGUCGACCAAUCGAACGUCUGGACGGCGUUGGUGUCGUGGUCGAUGUUCCUCCUAUUCGCCGUUAUCGUCCCCGCCACCUCUCACUUCCUCCUCGCCUGCCCUGGCUGCGAUGCCAAGCACUCCAGGCCGUACGACUCCAUUGUGCAAUUAUCGCUCAGUAGCGUCGCCUCUCUGUCUUUCAUCUGCUUGUCGAGGUUCGUGAAGAAGUUUGGCCUUCGGAGAUUCUUGUUCUUUGAUCGGCUCUGUGAUGAGAGCGAGACCGUGAGGACCAGUUACACCGGGCAGCUCAAUAGAUCACUGAAGAUUCUCUCAGUAUUUGUGAUCCCGUGCCUCAUAGCUGAGAGCGCAUACAAGAUAUGGUGGUAUGCGUCAGGAGCGUCGCAAAUCCCAUUCCUAGGAAACGUCUACUUGAGUGACGCAGUAGCAUGCGUGAUGGAGCUGCUCUCGUGGCUGUACCGCACCACGGUGAUCUUCCUGGUGUGCGUCCUUUUCCGUCUGAUCUGUCACCUCCAAAUCCUACGGCUAAAGGACUUCGCUUCUGUGUUCCACAUGGACUCCGACGUGGAGUCAGUGCUGUCGGAACACCUCCGAAUCCGGAGGCAUCUCCGUAUAAUCAGCCACCGAUUUAGGGCGUUCAUAUUGUGGUCCCUCAUCCUCGUCACCGGUAGCCAGUUUGCUAGCCUCCUCCUCACCACCAGAUCUUCUAGGGACCUUAACAUUUACAAAACUGGUGAACUUGCGCUGUGCUCCGUGACACUACUUUCUGCGCUGUUAAUCUUGCUGCGGAGUGCGACAAAGAUCACACACAAAGCACAAGCGAUCACAGGGCUUGCUGCCAAGUGGCACGCGUGUGCCACGUUAGAUGCGUUUGAUGGGGUGGGGGUAGAUGGGGAGACACCGACGGCUCAGAUUGCAUGCGAAAGAGUCUAUCCGGCGGUGGGGACUGAUGGAGAAUCGGAAGCUGAUGAUGAUCCAGGAGACGAAGAAUGUGAGAUUAAUACUACCAGAUUAAUCCCAACAUAUGCCCGCAGCACGAUCUCAUUCCAAAAGAGACAAGCUUUAGUGAAUUACUUCGAGAAUAACAGAGCAGGGAUAACGAUGUUUGGAUUCAUGUUGGAUAGGAGCACACUUCACACCAUUUUCGGAAUUCAGCUGUCUCUUGUUCUAUGGCUACUCGGCAAAACCAUUGGUUCCUUUUCUUGAUCGCGCCCAUUUUCCACGUUUACUUCUUUCCCAUGUUUUGCCCCUUCUCUUUAAUGUCCUUUUGAAGGUUUUGAAAAAAAAAAAAAAACAGAGAGAGAUCGUUGAGUUGGAAUUAUAAAUUAUCAGGGCUUGCCUGGCUAUCCGAUCAUGUACAAAUGUCCUCUUCUUGUUAGACUUCUAUGUCAUCAAAUAUUAUCUCCACAUAUUGAUUCA